AUGGCUGACGAGGAGAAGAGGGCGCUCGAGACCAGCACGGCCUCGGGCACCAUUCGCCCAUUCUCUGAAGGCCAACCACCCAUCGAAGGUCCCAAUGAGCUCAAAACGGAGCUGACGGUUGGGAAUUCAGAAAAGGACCAUGGAUCCGACGAUCCCGAGGAGGAGGAGGAGGAUUUGUGGAAGCCGCUGAAGAUGGAAGCUGAUAUUCCCUAUGAGGAGAAUCCGCUUACCAUCAGAGCCGUUGUUGUUGGUUGCAUUUUGGGCUCUCUCGUCGCUGCUUCCAACUUGUACCUUGGUCUCAAAACUGGCUUCACCUUCAGCGCCAAUAUGUUUGGUGCCAUUUUCGGUUAUGGUAUCCUCAAGUUUAUGGAAAAGUCUGGUGGGCAGAUUCCCAUCAUCGGCGGUUUGUUCGGUCCGCAGGAAAACUCCAUCGUCCAGGCUGUCGCGACGGGUGCGGGUGGUACCGGCGGCAUCUUCGUCGCCGCCAUCCCCGCCAUGUACCGUCUCGGUGUGAUGCCCGAGGGCCACUCGCCCAUGGAUGACAUUGGUGCCAUCUUCACUAUCACCCUGGUUUGCUCCUUUGUGGGACUAUUCUACGUAACGCCUCUCCGCAAGUUCUUCAUUGUCCAGGUCGCCCGUGAGCUGAAGCUCAUGUUCCCCACGCCGACCGCCGUCGCCCUUACCAUCCGUUCCAUGCACGCCGGCGCUGCCGGUAGUCUUGACGCCAUGAAGAAGCUUAAGUGCCUCAUGAUCUGCUUCGUGGGAGCUCUGAUUCACCGUGUCGUCUCGUACUACGCCAUCGGCAUCCUGUACGACUGGCACUUCUUCACGUGGAUUCACAUCUGGAGCGGCUACACCAGCUGGGCGCUCAACAUUGAAUCCUGGGGCUGGUAUUUUGAAUGGACCCCGGCCUUUAUCGGUUCCGGCAUCUUGAUCGGUCUCAACCCCGCCAUUUCCAUGUUUGCCGGUGCCGUCAUUGCCUGGGGUCUUAUUGGUCCCCUGCUCGUGCACUACGGCGAAUGCAUCGGCAUCCAGCUGUCUGAGGAUCCCCAGUGGGACUCUUACUACAGUUUUGCCUCCCUCAGGAACCUCGGCACGGUUACGCCCUCUCCUCGAUACUGGCUUCUCUGGCCCGGUGUCAUGGUCAUGGUGUGCUCGUCCAUGGCCGAGCUCUUUGUCCAGUACAAGGUCAUUUGGAGCGGCGUCAGCACCAUCUGGAACCAGGGCUGCGGUGGCAUCAACGGAAUGUUGGUCAAGCGUGGCAAGUCCAGCAACUUCUUCGCCAAGCACGGCGCACCCAAGGUCAGGAGCGAGAGCAUGGUUGAGGACCCUUUCCCACCAGAGCAACAGGUCAAGAACUGGAUGUGGCUCGUUGGCCUUCUCGUGACGGUCGUCAUCUCCAUGAUCAUCUUCCACUUCCAGUGGGAGAUGAACCCCGGUCUUACCCUGUUGGCCAUCCUGCUUGCCUUCCUCUUCUCGUUCCUCGCCAUCCAGAUCGGCGCUGUUACCGACACGACCCCCCUGACGGCCGCCGCCAAGGCCUCGCAGCUCGUCUUUGGUGCUGCCACUUCGGGAGGUGGUUUCAGCAUCAAGCAUGCCCAGAAGCUCAACUUGGUGGCCGGUGGUAUCGCUUCUGGCGGUGCUGAUGUGGCUGCCGCCCUUGUCGGCGAUUUCAGAACCGGUUUCUUGAUCGGCACAUCGCCCAUCAAGCAGUGGGUUGGACAAUGCAUUGGCAGUUUCGUCUCGGUGUGGCUCGCACCAGGUCUGUUUGUCCUCUUCACGUCGGCCUACCCCUGCAUCUGGAAAGGUGAGGCCGAGGGUGAGAACUGCGCUUUCGACGUCCCCUCCGUGUCCGCCUGGGCUGCCGUGGCCGAGGCUGUCACGGACCCCAACGUCAAGAUUCCCUUUAGCAGCGGCAUGUUUGCCAUUGCCAUGGGUAUCUUGUCUGUUGCGCAGGUCGUCUUCCGUCAUUUUUACCUGGUGGGCGAGCGUGAAAAGUACCGCAAGUGGCUGCCCAACUGGGGUGCCAUCGCCCUCUCCUGGGUCAUCCCCGCCCCGGUGUUUGCCAACGCUGCGUUACUCGGUGCCAUCAUCGCCGCGCUAUGGAGGAAGUACAACAUGCGCACAUGGGACAUUUACGGCUAUGCUGUGGCAGCUGGUUUCAUUGCCGGCGAAGGUCUUGGUGGUGUUGUCGGCGCCGUCCUUACGCUGGCCGGCGUCGACGGAGCAGUCAAGGGCACACAGAUUGCCUGCCCACUCAACUCUUGCUGA